GUGGAGCGCGCGGCCGCGAGCAGAGGGAGGGUUCGGGAGGAAGCGAGGCGAGCAGGCGGGCGGGCGGGCUGGCUGGCGCGGGGGUCGGCAACUGAGGCUCGGAGCGGAAGGCGAGAGCCCGGCGCCGGCUCCGCGCUGCCUUUUGCUGCGCGGGCUUGUGGAAGGGGCGGCCGUUGAGUGGUCGUCGGAGAAGCGAGCACGGGCAGCGUUGGUGCUAGCGCCCGAGGGCGGGGGGCUGGGGAGACGAGAAGGGGGGUCGCUGCGGUGCUUCUCCGGCUGUCGCGCUCUCCUGGCCUCGCCCCCGGCGGGGUGGGCAGCUCUCGGCCGGCAUCUCGCUCGCCUCCGGGGUCCCGCUCCCCGCCCCCCGCGGUAUGUCUUGAUCCCGAGCGGCGGGUUUCAUGGGGCUCCUCAGGAUUAUGAUGCCGCCCAAGUUGCAGCUGCUGGCGGUGGUGGCCUUCGCGGUGGCGAUGCUCUUCUUGGAGAACCAGAUCCAGAAACUGGAGGAGUCCCGGUCUAAGCUAGAAAGAGCUAUUGCAAGACAUGAAGUUCGAGAAAUUGAACAGCGACAUACCAUGGAUGGCCCUCGGCAAGAUACAGCUUCCGAUGAGGAAGAUGACAUGGUGAUCAUUUAUAACAGAGUCCCCAAAACUGCAAGCACGUCUUUUACCAAUAUUGCCUAUGACCUGUGUGCAAAGAAUAAAUAUCAUGUUCUUCAUAUCAACACUACCAAAAAUAAUCCAGUGAUGUCACUGCAAGAUCAGGUGCGCUUUGUAAAGAAUAUAACUUCCUGGAAAGAGAUGAAACCAGGCUUUUAUCAUGGACAUAUUUCUUAUCUGGAUUUUGCAAAGUUUGGUGUGAAGAAGAAACCAAUUUACAUUAAUGUCAUAAGGGACCCUAUUGAGAGGCUCGUUUCUUACUAUUAUUUUCUGAGAUUUGGAGAUGAUUAUAGACCAGGGUUAAGGAGACGAAAACAAGGAGACAAAAAGACCUUUGAUGAGUGUGUAGCUGAGGGUGGCUCAGACUGCGCUCCAGAGAAACUAUGGCUUCAAAUCCCAUUUUUCUGUGGCCACAGCUCGGAAUGCUGGAAUGUGGGAAGCAGGUGGGCUAUGGAUCAAGCCAAGUAUAACCUAAUUAAUGAAUACUUUUUGGUCGGAGUUACUGAAGAGCUUGAAGAUUUUAUCAUGUUAUUGGAAGCAGCUUUGCCCCGGUUCUUCAGAGGUGCUACAGAACUCUAUCGCACAGUAGGAAAGAAAUCUCAUCUUAGGAAAACCACAGAGAAGAAACUCCCCACUAAACAAACCAUUGCAAAACUACAGCAGUCUGACAUUUGGAAAAUGGAGAAUGAGUUCUAUGAAUUUGCAUUAGAGCAGUUUCAGUUCAUCAGAGCCCAUGCUGUACGAGAAAAAGACGGAGACCUCUACAUCCUCGCACAAAACUUUUUCUAUGAAAAGAUUUACCCUAAAUCGAACUGAAUACAAGGGUGUGACUGUUAGAUUCCUGAACUGAAACUUUGACCCUGUCUUCAUCUUAUUUCUCAGCUCUACAAUCUGGAUUACUGGUAGGUGUAUAAGACAAUUUAUAAUGAGCCAAACUAGGAAAAAGACAGCAAUGACUGGUCUGUCAGUGGUCUAGAAAGUUUGUUUCAAUUCAGCCUUUUUUUCUCUUCUUUGGUUAAAUUUUGGUGAGAGUUAUAACCUCCUGCCGGAAAAAAAAAACUCUAUGACCUAAAAUAAAUGUAUAGGUCUAAUCAAAAGGCUAAACACAAUUUCAGCUGACAUUCUGAUAAUGAAGUUAUUAUUAUUAUUAUUACUUUUUUAUAUAAAGCUUUUUUUUUUUCAACUAACCACAAACAGAGAUGAAUCCAUUUGGUACUUUAGCCUCUGCCUGGAGGUGUAGAUCAUCCAUCCACCUCUACUGAAUAGUAUUAUUAACUGUUUGGCUGUGUGUGCUUUGUUUUUGUGAAUCAUGUCUCAUGAAAUUUAUUGGAGUGUUUGAUCAUGUUUGCAAAGAAAUGUUUCUGCUGUAGUUAUAAUUGCCCAUAUUUAUGUAGGCCAUUUUCAUUUUCUUUCAAAAAAGAUCUUAAGUGUUAAAAAAUGAAUUUAAACCAUUAAUAAUACUGAAAAAAAAAGUUGAAACAGUAUUUCUUCCUUCUCUGUCCCUAGUGUCUUACAUUGGGAAGACACUUCAAAGAAUGUUGAUAUUGCCUAGAUUUUUAGUUAAACCUUUCACACAUUACUAUCAAAACAGUAAAUUUAGUGUUUGUUUCCCCCUUGGGUUAUUUGUAAAGCUGUAAACUGAGAUAUCAGUGACUCCAUAUUAUAACUCCAUUAGUGAGCUGCGAAACGGGUAGGAUUUUCCUACUUCUUCUGUACUUUUACUUGUAGACUAUUUUUACUAAGGUGCUUUAUAAUGUGUUUUAAAGCAUUGCAUUUACACAAGGAAAAAAAAGAAAAAUGCUGUAAAUAUUGCAUAUUUUAUGUAUUUGGACCAAAAGGUAUAGCUAAUGACACAAAAGUAGUUUUGCACCAAUUUUAUGUCAAGUAAAACCAUCAGACCUACUGUCCUAGUAUUCUCAUUGAACUUUACUGUUAAGACAUCACUCAGAUGAACUUCAGUCACCCUUCAGUUUUGAUACAGAGCCCAUUGCUGAUAAUUGGGGCAGAGUGUUGCACAGAAUCAGAACACUGAUUUCUGGUCCUGGCGCUGCCACUUGUCAGUUGUGUGACCGUGGGCAAGACACUUACCCUCUCUUUGCUUCAAUGUUCUCAUUUUGAAAUGAGGAUAAUAAUACCUGCUGUACCUACCUCACAGGGGUGUUGUGAGGAUUAAAUGAGAUGGCAUGAGAAAGCACUUUGAAAACUGUAAAGCGCUAUGUAAAUGUAAGGUAUUAAGGAAACAUCUUUAACGUAUAAUUUCAUGACAAUUUUAUUUUAACCAAGAAAAGGAAACAUCCACUUAUAAGCUGGUUGAAAAAGUUAAUCUUGAUAUAAAUUUGUGUUUGAUAAAUAUCUUCUCAGUGUUAUAUCUUCCACCUUUCAACAAAAACGAAGCACCUGUGAACUCUUAAAGAUUCCUGAGCAGCUGCUUGAGUUCAAAAGGUCUCCUGUUUGGAAAAGACUUCAUUAGCUGACUCUGGGCAGGGGAAAAUUUGCUCCGCCAAUCGGGAUGAUAUUUCUGGUUUUAUUUUACAUUACAUUAAAAAAAUGUUAGCUCUUUUAUACCUCUGGUUUUUAAGGUAUAUUUUACAGUCGAAUUCCUUGUGCGUUCUUUACUUCUUCACCCUUUUGAGAGUAAUGGAAAUAAAGAAUUUUAGAAACAUUUUCUAAAAGGAUAAUCUUUAAUAUGUUUAGUUUAAAUAUUUCUGAAAGCAACCUCAUCAAACCACAUGUAUAAUAGGCAGGGUUCUUUAAUGUUGGUAGCAGGGAGGGAGCACUACUUAUCAAAAAGCAUUCAUGAAACAGUUAAAGGAAAAACUAAAGGACAUGGAUAGAAUCAUUUGUAACCCUGCUUUCUCCUCAAUCAUAAGAAUAUUUAUAAAUCACAGACAAGCCUACUUUUCUUAUUUUGCCUUACUUUCCCCCUCCCUUUCUCCUCUCCCUUUUUUUUUGUAUUGUAUUUAUUAGCUUUUAUGGGGGUUUGUUGAAAUACAAAUAAUUUCCUUGCCCUAAUGGCAACACUACUCCCAGCUGGCUUGUUUCUGAUAUUUAUCUGCCAAGGAGCCACAAUCCCCAGUAAGGAGACUCUUCUUGGAUUGUGUGCUAAAAUUUUCCUGAGAUGCAUUGACUCUUUGAGGUGCCUAGAGAAAAUGUUGUGCAGUAGAUCUGGGGAUCAGUCAACUUUUGCUAUAUAGGAUCAUAGACGGUACGUGAAUACAAUGUACAUGGCCAUUUCCAAUUCAGCUUUACUAAGAAAACAGAUGGGAUUCCAGUUAUAGAUAACUUUGAAACCAAAGGUUGUGGUUUAUCAACCCCAUGAAUAGAGGAAUCGUUGUUUAUGAAGAAACCAUUUUUGAAUCUGUAUUCUGCUGGCUUAAAAGAGCUUGUGUAUUUCUAAAAGCUCCUACUUUCUAUCCAAAGAAUAGCUUUCCAGUUCAGGCUGCCUCUCCCACAAAUUCAUAAAAUUUUAUAACUUAGAUUGCUUCCAGGUGGGAUUUUUUUUUCUUUCUUCAUUUAAUACUUAGAAUUAGAGGCAUUUAAUCUGUUUUAGGGUGGGUUAGGCGGAUCCUUCUGGGAGACUAAGAAAGAGAUUUAACUCUGUCUGGCCCAGUACAAUCACAGGAGUCUGACAACUGCAAAAUACUUAAAAUACCUAUCUUUAUAAUCAACAAAAUGAAUUGAAUCAUUAAGACAAUAAUGUAUUUUUUUAAAGUGGCAAAUGUGAUUUUCUUUUUUCUGCCUUUGUGCUCAGUCAGUAUUUGUUCAUAGGAAACUUUUUUUAUAAUAUAAAAACAAAUUAAUCACUUUGAAUUUUGAAAGAUAUGUGUGUACUGUGUGUGUAACAGUAUAUAUAUACAUAUAUGUAUAUAUGUUUAUGUGUGUUAUUUCCUAAAGAAGACAAAGUACCUUUUUGUUCAACUUCUAUCAGUUCCUAUUUUCUAAUUGCUCUGAAGAGGCAACUGUUGAUAAAUUAUUGUGACUGUUUUAAGUGCAAUGGGAAGGACAUAUUUUUAUUUUACCCCACUUUUAUCUGUAAAGUAUCACUUAAAUAUAUCUCAUAGCAGCUCUUA